AUGGUCCCCAAGUCAGCACUCGCAAAUAUAAGUCCUCCCAGUUCCCCACCACAAACGGAUGAAUUCGAAAGGGGAGCCUGGAACGAGUCUGAAGACAAGUUUUACUUGUCAAGAACACCAUCUACUCUGCCUUACACUCCGCCAACGAGUCCUCCGCCAGAUGUGUCUAAGUCUACGACCGCAGACAAAGCAUUAACAGAGGAGAUAACCCAGCUGAGUGUUUCAUCGUUGAGAACUCUACUUGGUAUUGACAACUGGAAAUGUGGAUGUAUCACAUCAAAGGGGCACCCUUGCAAAAUGCCAAUAUCGAAUCUCAAAGCGGAUAUCAACAUGCAGAUUGGGCUAUUGACGAACCCCAAUCAUUCUACGCAAAAGCUCAGGGAUGAACUCUACAAGCUGGCUAAGCUGGUACACUGUCGUUACCAUGAUGACCGCACACGGAUAUGUUCUCGGGUUGACAGUUGGAGGAAUGCCUUCUCUUUCAGAGAAAGCACUGAAGAGCAGAUUGAGAGAACUUUGCGAUAUUAUUCUGCAUACUGUGCUGGGGUGACAAAGCAAGGAAAUUCCUGUCAUAACAAAAUGGGCGGGCAGUGUGUCCAGAACCGUGCAAAAACCAUUAAUAAGAUUCUUACCCCAGAUAUAUAUCUGGAUGAUGAUGGCCUUGACUAUUUUCUCCUGGUUCUGAAAGAGAACAUGUUUUGCUGCUGGCAUAUCAACUAUCAAGGUCCUGAGAAAGUUGAAAUAUGGAAAAAAGAAAUUCUGAAGAUUCGCAAAGAAAGAAGUCCAGUGUUAGCACCUCCAAAAGAAAGCAAUAUGCCAGAGGAUGAGGGCAGCCAUACUUUUUAUGACGACUUGACAGCACAAUCUACAUCUCAAGAUCCUGAUAAUGAUCCAGCCACUUAUUGGCCACGGAGAUUUGACACCACCCCUUUUGACAUCAUCGCCACAAGUGAUCAAUCCAACGAUUUCAAGUCAUCAUUUCCCGAGAUCUAUAGCGAAUUGACGAAACCACUGGUGCCAGAAGACCAGAAAGAAGGGUAUCUCUACGCAUAUGAAGUUGAAGGGAAUGAAGGCUUUGUCAAGAUUGGAUACACCUGUCGUUUCUUGGAAAAGCGUCAUGAAGAAUGGGCUUUUGAUUGUAACAGGAAAUCCAAAGCCCUGUAUCCCAUUCCUUUGAAUCAUCAAGUGGCCGUCCCAAAUGCCCAUCGAGUGGAGGCUUUAUGUCAUGCAGAAUUGAAGCAUCGCAACAUCAGGAUUGAUUGUCAUGGUUGUCUAAGGCCACACAUUGAAUGGUUUCAAUGCUCCCCCGAGGAAGCAGUUGCCGUUAUUCAGAAGUGGUCUAUGUGGAUGUUGACAUCUCCAUACAAACCUGAGUCACAUGAAACGUCGGCUGCGAUGAUCCUCAAAGAAAAGGAGAGGGUGAAGGCUGAAUGCAUCGACCAGUUCAUGAAGGGGUUAUUGGACAUGGUUGCUGACCAACCCUUAUCGGAAAAGUAG